GCUUAAAAGAGGAGCACCAGAGUGAAGCUGAGAGAGCAGCAGCAGAGAGCAGAGGGAACGAGACAGAGAGAGAGACAGAGAAACAGAGAGAGAGAGAGAGAGAGAGAGAGAGAGAGAGAGACUGUAACUGGACUAGGCUCUUCUGGGCAGCAGCACAUCUCCGUUCCCUCCGCGGACGUCCUAUUGGCUGGCUGUGUGGGGGCCACCCUUCCAACAGGAGCUGACUCCGCGAGGGAUCUGUGUGAAUGACAGAGCGUGUGUACAUCAGAGAAGCGGCGCGCAAGUCUGCAGCAUGGAUCGAGCUCGGCUCUACAUUGCUCAAGAUGGUUGUGCCACCCAUGGGUGAAGCUAUGCCCAGCUCAGUUCCGGACUAUACUCAAACCACAUGAUCCCCAGGAAACCCUGGCACACCCUUCCAGCAAGAUGGGAAAUGCGUCGGAAACAUCUUUUUUUGUGUCCACCAUAUCUAAAGAGAACGACAUCAUCAUGGGAACCAUCUAUACCAUCUUUGGUGUCCUCUCGAUGGUGGGGAAUAGCAUCCUGCUGUUUGUGGCCUAUAGAAAGAAGUCCUCCUUGAAGCCAGCUGAGUUUUUUGUGGUGAACCUCUCCAUCAGCGACCUUGGUAUGACCAUCACCCUGUUCCCCCUGGCCAUCCCCUCAGCGUUCUCUCACAGGUGGCUGUACAACGAGGUGACAUGUUUGGGAUAUGCCUUCUGUGGCGUCGUCUUCGGUCUGGCCAGCCUCUCCAACCUGACGGUGCUGUCGUCCGUGUGCUGGCUCAAGGUCUGCUGUCCCAACUACGGCAGCAAGUUUUCCACCAGCCACGCCUGCCUCCUGGUGGUGGGGGUGUGGUGCUACGCCUCCAUCUUCGCUGUGGGGCCCCUGAGUGGCUGGGGCCAGUACGGCCCGGAGCCCUACGGCACCGCCUGCUGCAUCGACUGGGAGGCCCCCGGACACAGCAUGGCCGCAUUGAGCUACAUCGUCUGCCUCUUCUUCUUCUGCUACAUUGUGCCCUGCACCAUCAUCUUCCUCUCCUACAUCUUCAUCCUCCUCACCGUCAGGGGGUCCCGCCAGGCAGUGCAGCAACACAUGUCCCCCCAGAACAAGAUUUCCAACGCGCACACGCUCAUUGUCAAGCUCUCCGUGGCAGUGUGUAUCGGCUUCCUGACGGCGUGGAGCCCCUAUGCGUUUGUCGCCAUGUGGGCAGCGUUCGGUAAACCCUUAAACGUGCCCCCCAUGGCCUUCGCCGUGGCGGCCAUAUUUGCCAAAUCCUCCACCAUUUACAACCCCGUCAUCUACCUGUCCUUCAAGCCCAACUUCCGCAAGUCCCUCUGCAGAGACAUGGCUCACUGCAGACGGACGCUGUGCCUGUGUCUGUGCCGCCACGGCUCAGUCCAGUCCUACAAGGGCUCUCAAGCCAAUGACAAAGACCAGUGUCACUCCACAAGGCUGUCCAACGGCCUUCCUGAGAACCACAGGUCUUGCAGGCACUGCCCGUGCCCAGAGGGAGCCUCCGAACCUGGGGGGCACUGCCAGGACUACACCCCCCAGAGGACCGCUCGGGUGCUCACGGGGUCUAUGCACAGCGAGGUGGCUGUCAGCCAGCUCUCCAACGAGAUGCAGAGUGACUUCCUGUAGACGGGUCGAGUUGAGGAGAAGAGGAAGAGGAAGAGAAAAGGAGUUGG